CCUAGCUACAACCAUUGGAGAUGCUCUAAAAUUUGUUAGGUUCAAAUGAUACAUCAAUUAUAAAAAGAUUGGAAAUUGCGAAAAUCAGGGGUAAUUUUUUAAAGAAUGGAUGAAGAAAUAGGAGAUACUCUCCUGACUGAAGUGCAGCACCAUUCGCCACUGCCACCGCCGCCACAAGAACAACCAAGAGAAGUAGAAAAAGAACAGCUAAAAGAAGAAGGUGAUACUCCACAGACAGAAAAGCAACACCAUUCAACCUCACUAUCACCGCCGCCAUCACCACCAACCCCGCAAGAACAGCCAAAAGGAGAAGAAAACGAACAACCCCAAUUGAAAGAAGAAGAAACCGAACAACUCCAGUCGAAAGAGGAAGAUGGGAAAGAAAAUCACAAAGAAAAUGAUUGUGGAGGAGAACAGGUAGAAAUUGAAGAAGGGGAAGUGAGUAAAUCCAAUGAACCAGGAAAAGAACAUGAAAAAAUGGAAGAACUUGUAGGUAAUGAUGAAGAAGAAGGUCCGCCGCCUGGUUGGGAUGCGUUGCCGUCACCUCCGCCACUACCUCCGUCCUCUCAACCGGAAAGGGGUCAAAUGGUUUGCGGUUCCUGUCGCCAUCUCCUUUCUUAUCCCCAAGGAGCCAAGCAUGUCCAAUGCUCAUGCUGCCAGACAGUGAACUAUGUACUUGAAGAGCAUGAAGUCGGACAAGUGAAGUGUGGAAACUGUCAACUGCUUCUGAUGUACCCUUACGGAGCUCAAUCUGUUCGAUGUUUCUCUUGCAGUUCUGUCAUUUACAUCGGAGUAUGUACUUCUUCUGUCACCCCGGAUCAUAACAGGCGUCCUCCACUGUCAGUACAGCAGAGCCAAGCUUGCCGACCUUUUAGCAUUUCUCACUGAGGACUCGUAUAUUUUUUUUUCUUUUAACUCUUUUUUUCCCUUUCUAAAAUGUAAUUCCAAGGGCUACAUUAAUUGCAUUAGAUUGAACUAUUGAAGUAGCAGUUAGCAGAUGUUGCGUAAUGCGGGAAUUCAACAUUGUAUUCAGGCAAAAUGUAGCCUACUUUCAAUGACAAACUGAGAAAUUAUUUCUA